AUGCUGAGAAAAACACUCCCCGUACUGGGACUUCUCUUCUUAUGCUACUUGAUCUUCACAGUUGAAGCAAGAGCACAUGCAAAAUCAAAAGCAAAACACAUGAUAUACAAAGAUGAAACGCAGCCCAUAAAUGACAGAAUAAGAGAUCUCAUGAACAAAAUGACUCUUGCAGAAAAGAUUGGUCAGAUGGUGCAAUUAGACCGCACUUCUGCCACUCGUGAUAUCAUGAGGGACUAUUCAAUUGGCAGUUUACUAAGCGGCGGAGGAAGUGUGCCAAUGCCUCAGGCCAUAGCGGAGGAAUGGAUUAACAUGGUUAAUGACUUCCAGAACGGUUCACUCUCAAGCCGUCUUGGAAUUCCUAUGAUUUAUGGGAUUGAUGCUGUUCAUGGUCACAACAAUGUUUAUAAGGCCACUGUAUUUCCACACAACGUUGCCCUCGGUGCUACAAGGGAUCCUGACCUCGUUAAGAGGAUUGGCGCAGCUACUGCUCUUGAAGUUAGAGCCACUGGGAUCAAUUAUGUUUUUGCUCCCUGCAUUGCGGUUUGCCGAGAUCCCAGAUGGGGUAGGUGUUUCGAAAGCUACAGUGAGGAUCCUAGUGUUGUUGAACAAAUGACAGAUAUCAUUCCUGGCUUGCAAGGAGAUCUUCCUGCAGAUUCACCAAAGGGUGUUCCUUAUGUUGCUGGCACGAAUAAGGUAGCUGCUUGUGCAAAACACUUUGUGGGUGACGGUGGAACGACAGGGGGCAUAAAUGAGAACAACACUGUAACUGACUGGAAUGGAUUGUUAAACAUUCACAUGAAAGGUUACAUCCAGGCCGUCGCUAAGGGAGUUUCCACAAUCAUGGUUUCUUACUCAAGCUGGAAUGGAGUCAAGAUGCAUGCCAACAGCGAACUCGUCACCGAUUAUCUCAAGAACACCCUCAACUUCAGUGGUUUUGUAAUCUCUGAUUGGCAGGGAAUUGACAGAAUCACCGAUCCUCCCCAUGCAAACUUUACAUACUCAGUUUUGUCAGGAGUCAAUGCUGGCAUUGACAUGUUCAUGCUUCCCUUCAACCAUUCUGAGUUCAUAGAUAUUCUUACUGGUCUUAUCAACGAUAACUUUGUCCCCAUGAGUCGCAUUGAUGAUGCUGUGACCAGGAUUUUGAGAGUUAAGUUCACCAUGGGCCUAUUUGAGAAUCCUGUGGCCGAUCAGAGCUUUGUACCUUAUCUUGGAAGCCAAGCUCAUAGAGAUUUGGCGAGGGAAGCUGUGAGGAAAUCUCUAGUUCUGUUAAAGAACGGAGAGAAUGCAGAUGGUCCUCUGUUGCCUCUCCUAAAAAAUGCACAGAAAAUUUUAGUUUCCGGCACCCAUGCUAAUAAUUUGGGCUAUCAAUGUGGUGGUUGGACUGUCACUUGGCAAGGACUCGGCGGCAAUAACAACUCUGUCGGAACCACAAUUCUGAAUGGUAUCACAGCAGCAGUUGAACUUGGAACUGAAGUGGUCUACAGUGAGGAUCCUGAUAUGGAUUAUGUCAAGUCAGAAAACUUUUCCUACGCCAUUGUCGUGGUGGGAGAGCUUCCCUAUGCGGAGACACAAGGUGACAGUACGAACCUGACAAUGGCAGAGCCAGGGCCUUACACACUGACAAAGGUGUGUGCUUCAGUUAGGUGUGUUGUUGUGGUGGUAUCAGGGCGACCUGUAACAAUUGAGCCCUGGAUGCACCAAAUAGACGCUCUUGUUGCAGCAUGGCUGCCGGGCACUGAAGGUCAGGGCGUUGCUGAUGUUCUGUUUGGAGAUUAUGGAUUCACUGGGAAGCUCCCUCGUACAUGGUUCCGGACUACGGAUCAGCUUCCCAUGAAUGUUGGUGAUCCUAAAUAUGAUCCAAUUUUCCCAUUUGGGUUUGGACUCACAACUGAGCCUGUUCACGCCAGUUAG